CCACGAUCACGAUGGAGAAUACCUGGUUCAGUCCGGUCACAGCUUCCAGGGCCAAGGCCGGGGCGUAGACCACAAUGCCCAUGUAGAGGACCAUCUGCAGCGAGAAACUCAUUCGCUGACAGACGUGCGACGUUGAAGCAACAACAAAUAACAAGUCCCUGGACGGAGAUACAUAGACAGGAGACAUCCCGAAAGGGGGAAGCAAACGUAUAUCCCCAACCCCACCCCCCACCCAGCAAGGAACAAAUCCAGAUACAAACAUUUAGCAUGGGAGGCUGUUGCUCAAAGGACUUGGACGAUAAGCGCUCCUGGAGUCCCGAGGAGACCAAAAAUGGCAGCACCACAUCGACCAUCAUUGCCCAGCCGCUGGACGAGGUGGGCAGCACCGGUGUCUUCACGUUAACCCGCACCACCACCAGCACCACGCGACAGGAGAAGACGGUGACCACCACCAACGACGAGCAGGAGGAGUAGCCGCCACCUCGCCCGCAACACGUUCCAUUAUUUAAUAUAAACCUUUUUUUUUACACUUCUGUUGAAUCGAUUUCAAUGCCAUGUGUGUUUGCUCGGUGUGUGAGUGAGUGUGUGAAUACUGGAAUGUACAUACGGACAAUGUGAAUACGAAUAUGAAUAUGAAUCAAGUUAAGCUGUUAACGAGUAAUUAUUAAUUGUUAUGCGCCUGAAUUCCAAUUUCGUAAUAAAUUGUUGAAUCGCUAAA